AUGCGCGUCCCGGUUUCACUCUCAUUAACGGCGCUCAGCCUGGUCAGCUCUUCGGUGGCAUACCCAUUCGCCGAUUCCGAAGAGGUCUUGCGUCGUGAUUUAGAUGCUCAGAAGAAAGCCGACGCGGUCAAGGAGGCAUUUCAACAUGCAUGGGACGGGUAUAUGAAAUAUGCUUACCCUCACGAUGAAUUGCACCCAGUAAGCAACGGAUAUGGCGAUUCCAGAAAUGGAUGGGGAGCAUCCGCUGUUGAUGCUCUUUCAACUGCAAUCAUCAUGGGCAAAACAGAUGUGGUCAACACUAUUCUGGACCAUGUUUCGAAAAUCGACUAUAGCCAGACCGACUCCCAAGUGAGCCUGUUCGAGACAACCAUCCGCUAUCUGGGUGGCAUGCUGUCCGGCUAUGACCUUCUCAAGGGACCAGCUUCCAGUAUGGUGCAAGACUCGGAUCUCGUGGACGAUCUCCUGAUCCAAGCAAAGAACUUGGGGGAUGUUCUCAAGUUUGCCUUUGACACAGGAUCGGGUGUCCCCUACAAUAACAUCAACAUCACCUCGCAGGGUAACGAUGGGUCAACUACCAACGGUCUCGCCGUGACCGGAACUCUGGUGCUCGAGUGGACGCGUUUGUCUGACCUUACUGGAGAUGACGAGUAUGCGACCAUGAGCCAGAAGGCAGAGUCACGCCUGCUCAACCCACAGCCCUCCAGCGGUGAGCCAUUCCCGGGCCUUGUGGGCAGCAACAUCAACAUUGAAACUGGCCAAUUCACCGACGGCUACGUCUCUUGGGAUGGCGGUGACGACUCCUUCUACGAGUAUCUCAUCAAAAUGUAUGUGUACGACCCGAAGCGGUUCGCAACAUACAAAGACCGCUGGGUGCUGGCAGCUGAGUCGACCAUCAAGCAUCUGCAAGCCCACCCGGAGCCUCGCCCUGAUCUGACCUGGCUGUCUUCAUACCAAAAUGGGAAGUACUAUCUCAACUCGCAGCACCUGACUUGCUUCGAUGGAGGCAGCUUCCUCUUGGGUGGUACUGUCCUUGGUCGUCAAGAUUUUAUCGACUUUGGUCUCAAGCUGGUCAGUGGAUGCGAGGCUACUUACAACGCGACCCUGACCAAGAUCGGCCCCGACUCUUGGAGCUGGGAUCCCAACAACGUCCCAAGUGACCAGAAGGACUUUUAUGAGAAGGCCGGCUUCUACAUUACUAGUGGCGCAUAUAUCCUGCGCCCCGAGGUGAUUGAGAGCUUCUACUACGCCUACCGUGUGACUGGCAAGCAAUUUUACCGUGACUGGGCUUGGAACGCCUUCGUUGCAAUCAACGCCACCGCCCGAACCGACUCUGGCUUUGCGGCCCUGACCGACGUUAAUGCUCCUAACGGCGGCUCCCAGUCCGACAACCAGGAGAGCUUCCUGUUUGCUGAGGUCAUGAAGUACUCGUACCUUAUCCACGCUGAUGAUGCUGAGUGGCAAGUGAAGACGGGAAGCCAGAACACCUUCGUCUUCAACACCGAGGCUCACCCUGUGCGCGUGAAGCACACUUAG